ACUCUGCACAAAGAGGUGGUGGAGGGCACUCUUCAGAAAGUACCUGAAGACAGUUUCCCAGAAGCUGAAAAGGCCCAAGCUGCAGAGUCGGAACAGCACCCCAAUACUGCUACAAGAAGUGGGUGAGGAUGAGCCUGUAUCAGUUCUACCCACUAAGCUACCCAGGUUACAAUGGGUCCCACCCCAGGAAGUCCCCUUGUGGGACAUUAGUAAUUGUGUGCUUGAAGAUGGACAAAUCCUCAUCUCCCCAGAGGAAGAGCCCGUUAUGUGGACCCGCAACCGUGUCAGCAGCUGCCUGUCCAACCUCAGCAUGCAGAACCUUGCGGAUCUCGACACAGAAUGUAGCCCCGACCACAUGGGCCCGGCCGGUGGGUCUCGACUAAAAAACCAAGAUGGUGGCGUAAGAGCUCUGAUAAAGCGCCGUCUCGAGGGCAAGUCGAAGAGGAGCAGCACCACCCAGUUGAACCGCAUUGGGCUAAACAAAGGAAGCAGGCAUUACAGUUCCCGGGAGUCUGUGUCCAUUCCAGUCAGUGCAGUGGGAAGUCUAGAUCUGAGUGCAGACACCAGCACUGUUAUUAGGCCAGUCCACAGCUCUAUUCUGGGCGAGAAAUAUUGCUUUGAGGUGAUAAACUCUGAGAAUAACCACUGCUUUGGCUGCACUUCAGCCGCUGAGCGUGAUCGCUGGAUUGAAGACCUGAGGCGGGCUGCACAGCCCAAUAAGGAUAACAUUGAACGCACAGAAAACUGUCUCAGUCUGUGGGUGAAUGAAGCCAAGGAUCUGCCACCCAAACGGCGUUAUUAUUGUGAAGUACACCUGGACGGGACCCUGUUCGCCCGCACCAGCAGCCGAGCCGUUGGCAAGUCUUCCCACCGCUCUAGCCUGGCAGGGGACAGCUCUACCGGGGCCUCAGGAGGCCUGGGGGGCAGUGGUGGUAUGACCGGAGGUUGCCAGUUAUUCUGGGGUGAAUUCUUUGAGCUAGACAACCUGCCCUCUGUCUCUCAAAUCACCCUGCACCUUUUCCGAGAUGAGGACCCCAAGAAAAAACGCCACUCCCGGGAUGAGUCCAGCCUGCACCCCCUGGGCAGUGUGGCCAUACCUUUGGCUGAGAUCCGUGGAAGGACCUAUCAGGAGAAGUGGCAUCCCAUUAUUCCAUACAAGGCCUCAAGCACAGGGGGAAACAAGGAACUGCUGGGGCCUCAGGCUUCACUCCGCAUCAAGGCCCGUUUCCAGAAUCUGCAGGUGCUGCCUAUGGAGAAAUACAAAGAGUUUGCAGAGUUUGUGACGGUGGAUUAUGUGGAAAUGUGCCUGAACCUGGAGCCACUUCUGAAUGUGAAGGAGAAGGAAGAGCUGGCAGGAGCACUGGUUCAUGUGCUGCAGAGUAUCGGCAAAGCCAAGGAGUUCCUCGUUGCUUUGGGCAACGCAGAAGUAGACCGUCUUGGAGAGAAGGAGGCUCUGAUCUUCAGAGAGAACACAGUGGCCACCAAAGCCAUAGAUGAGUACAUGAAGUUGGUUGGCCAGAAGUACCUAAUUGACACAAUUGGAGACUUCAUCACCCGUCUGUAUGCCUCAGUGGAGAGCUGUGAAGUUGACCCUCGUAAAUGCUCUCCUUCUGAGCUGUCAAACAACCAGAAGAACCUGAGGGAAAGUUGUGAGGAAGUGGUGCAGAAGAUUAUUGAGAUGCAUGGAUCCUUCCCGGAAGAGUUAAACAGGAUCUUCUCCAGCUGGGUGGAGCUGUGUGAAGACCAGGGCAGGCCGGAGAUUGGCCAUCGUCUCAUCUCCGCUUCCCUCUUCCUUCGCUUUUUAUGUCCUGCUAUCCUCAGCCCAUCUCUGUUUGGUUUGAUACAGCCUUACCCGGAGCCAACCACCCUGCGUACCCUUACCCUGACUGCCAAAGUCAUCCAGAAUCUGGCCAACUUCACCCUGUUUGGAGAUAAAGAGGAGUACAUGCUCUUUAUGAACGACUUCUUGCAGCAGCACUGGGAUGGAAUGAGGAGCUUUCUGCAAUCAGUGUCCAACCCAGACCCUGAGGUGCCCAUGACCUCCUUUGAUGGUUAUGUAGACCUGCCUCUGCGCUUGGCUGUGCUGCAUGGCCUGUUGGUAGACAUCAUUUGCCAGAAGGAUCAGGACACGGUGGACAAGCUGCAUCCUCUGCCUUUCAUUCUGAACCAGAUAACAGAGUCACUGGGUCCCGAAGCCACACGGAUCACAGUUAGCAGCCAAAUGGGACAAAGCAAGCCAAUAUAUGUCCCUCCAAGAGACUUGGGAAAGUACAGUCCUCUCCAGUCAUCACUCCAGCAGCUUCCUGUGGACUCAAAAGGCCUACGAGAUGGGGAUGGUAGGACCAGGAGGAGCAUGAGGGAGAGGAAGCCAGUCACCAGAACUCAGAGUGCUCCACACAGGCGGCCCGGCCACAUCAAGCACACUCUGAAGAGACAGACCAGCACUGAGAAUCUGCAAUCAGACGACCAUGAACAAGAGAUGGAGACCAACCAACUCAACAUCUCACUACCACAGCCUAGUGACAAGAGCGUCAAACAUCCUUCUGCACCAGUUCCAUGGAUCAUACACAGCGGGGAGCCAAACGAGAUGAAGACAGAGGAUGAACAGCUUAACUUGCUGGACAAGCAUGCUCAAGAGCUGUCGGAGCUUCGCCUGGGGGUCGAGCAGGUGACGGAGCGAGAACUGGAGAUGGCGAAGCGGCUGGAGGACUUCAUCAACCAGAGCCAAGACCAGAAUGCAAUGCUGCAGGCAGAAGUCAUUGAACUGAGGAACCUGCUGGCUGUGCGGGAAGAACAGCUCGCCAGUGCCACCUUCAGGUUGGGUGUGAUUGAAGAGGAGAGAGAGGAGGAUGAGAGAAAGCUGAGCGUUGCCAUUGCAGCAGCUGAGCGAAUGAACACAUUGGAGGAGCAGUUUGCAGACAUGAUAAAGAACCUCAACCAGCUCAGUGAGGCCUACAGCAGCAGCCAAAACAGCACACAGCAUCCUGGGAAGCCGCAAAUCAACAGCAACUGAAUUCAAACACAAGAGCCUGUGGAGUUGUAGUAUCAUCCCAGCAGUUUAGUUUAAGAAUGACAUGCAGUGUUCAUAUACAAACCUUGGCGUAAGAUCACUAUUAUGACUUCCUAAAGGAGAUGUGAGUUUAUUUCAUGGACAUUGCCUGACUGGUGUGAGUGAGGUGAACAGAAACCAUAUAACGGUGUGCGAUUUUUCUGUGGUUCUGCGUGUAUUUUAAUUACAGUCACAUUUAACCUAUGAACCUUUCUGAAGAAUAAAAAGAACUCAUGACAUCGACUGUGUU